AUGAGAACAUUGACCCAGAUGAUGCCAAGAAAAAAGAAGCUGAUUUUCUCAAAGGAGCUCCACCACAGUGGAUGAAUUUUUAUUGGUCAGAAAAGGAAGCCACACCAUUUGUGACAAGAAAUGGCUACAAUAAUUUGAUACAGUUAGUUAACAAAAACAAAAGGAAAUUAUGGAGUGUCAUUGAUAUGCACUUGCUGUACCAGCCAGGGAGCGGCGGUUCGACACUUGCAAUGCAGGUUCUUUGGAAAUUUAGAAAGGAACUCAGAUGUGCCAGAGUGACAGACUCUGCCCUGGAUGUCACAGAGCUUUCAAAGCAAGUGGUCAAGCUUUUUCUUGUGGGAGACGAUCAGGAUCAGAACACUGUGCUGCUUUUGCUGGACAUCAAGGAAAAGAUGAAUGAAGAUCAGCCAUUUAAAAGAAUUCUCCAGGAUAACCUGAUCAAGGAAAUAAAUAGGCAAAACAUCAAAGUAAACAUUCCUGUCGUGAUUAUCCUAAACUGCAUCAUAAUGGACUUUACACGAUCAGAUGAGUUCAGUCUUGAAGCAAACCUGUCUGAAGAUGAAGAAAAAAGACUAAGUGAAAAACACAAUGAAGUUACUGAGAAACAUGAGGGACAUGAAAAAUUCAGGGGUUUCAACAGAAUGCUUAGGAAUUUUAGUUUACCACAUGAUCGGUCAGUUCUAAAAUGCGUUGAAACCUUCACACCUUCCCCACAAUUUUUCAUGAUCCCAACACCAAAUGGUGGCAAAAUACAAGUUAAAAAAAAAGAAACUUACACCAAAUCCUGCCUUGACAUACUAUGGGCAAACAUGUAUGAAGAUGUGCCAUUAGAUCGUCUGUCUGCUAAGGACCUAGAGUGUGAGUUUCUUAAAGGAGGUCAACCCCAGUGGAUAGACUUUUACUGUUUAGAACAUGAAGGUUCCUUGUUUGUCAAAAGAGACCUCUAUGACUCCUUGAUCCAACAGAUCAAUUUGCAGCAAAAGAGCCAAUGGAAUGUGACAACCAUCAAUCUGUUUCACCACCCAGGUAGUGGAGGAUCAACACUAGCCAUGCGUGUGCUGUGGGACUUGAGAAAACAGCUCAGAUGUGCCAAACUCAAUUACAAAACAUCUGACAUAGUGAUCAUCAAAGACGACAUCAUCAGACUAUUUAAAGAGGGAGGAGAAAAGAAUCAUAACACAGUACUUCUCCUUUUGGAUGUGGGGGAAGAAGGAAAAAAAAUAUCACAUCUCUUGCAUAAGGAGCUUCAAAAGAGAAGUGCUGGAGAUAACAUUCCUAUGCUCAUCAUCAUGAAUGUAGAAAGCAAGACAACAAUUCCCAAAAGCACCACUGUCAAACUCAAAAUGGAGCUUUUACCAGAAGAAAAAACUCUGUUUAAGGAACACAAGGCAGUGAUCAAGGAAAAGCAUGGAGAGGAUUCUGAGAAGUUUUAUGGCUAUAACAUAAUGCAUGGAAACUUCAGGAAGGAUUUUGUUAAAAAUCUCAUUAAAAAUGACUUAAAAUGUUAUGCCAAGGCCAACAAGACUUCUACAAACACAAAACUCUUCUCAUUUUUAGCCCUGCUAAAUUCAUACAUCCCAGGCUCCAGCUUGCUUGGAAAUUUGUGUCAGGAAUUCUUUGCAAGUCAGCAGUCUCAUGAAAAAUUCGAAGAGGUAAUGACACCGUUCAUGGAUCUUUUGGUGAUAUACACAGCAGAGCACUGUGAGGACAGAUUUGUCCGUAUUGCUCAUCCUAUGAUUGCUGAUGCUUGUAUCCAAAUGCUGUUUGCCUGCUCUAUGACAAGAGGUGACAUAACACACAGAUUUCUGUAUUCUAUUGUGAAAGUAUUGAACAAGCAGGCUGACUUUCUACACAUUUGCAAAGACAUUCUGAUCACAAGACAAAAAGGUGAACAAGAGAAUGACAAGUUUUCAAAACUCAUUCUUGACAUCAUAGAAGAAGACCACCAAAUGAACUCUGCAAACUGCACAUCUGUGUUGCAAUUUGCCUCGAAACUGUAUUACAAAGAUGCCUACUAUCCUCAAGCUCUUGCACGGUUCUAUUACAUCAAACUAAGAGACUACACAAAGGCAGAAGAGUUUGCCAAAUGUGCCAUUCAAAGAGAUCCAAAGAAUUCUUUUAUUAGAGAUACACUGGGACAAGUUUACAAAAACAGACUGAGGAAAACAGUCAAGGAUAAAGCAUCACCAAAUUAUGCUCGUAGAGUUUUAGAGCAUGCAGUUUCUGCUACUAAAGCAUUCAAAGAGGAGUUAGAAAAAGCUGAAGAAGAGCAAGAAUCAGAUAUUAGAAACAGCAAUGUUCCAAAUACUUUUAAUAUAAGGGGCAUAUUUGGUUACAUCCAAGUUAUCAAGAUACUUUUUGAUGCUCUCACACAGCACAGUUCACAGUGGGCAGAGUUUCUGAGAGGGAAAACAUCAGUCACAUCUCUUGGCUCUUCAUUUAAAGACCAAAAACUUAAAAGAUAUAACAAUUUCCUCAAGAACCUCAAAGAUGAAAUCAAGGAAAAAAAACAUUUUUUUCAGUGUUAUCUGACAUACUCAAAACCAAGCAUUGAAAAACAGGAACCACCAUACUUUCGACGAGAUGUUGAUGAAUGCUACAGGAGGUAUGUGAUACAAGGGGAACAGGCUGCCCAAAGUGAGCAGCAAAUCCUUGAACUGAAACAAGCCAAUACUUUUCCAGGGUUAUUGCAUCUCUUAGAUCAAGACAUCAGUAAGACAGAGUUAGAGAAGAUCCUCAGAUGCAGUGUAAAUAAUGCUGAUGAUAACCAAAAUUACAUUCUCGCCAACAUCAUUUUGUGCAACAAGUCACCCACAUCUCAGUUUCUCAUGCCAAAGAAAGAGCUUCAAAACAUAAUAAUGAGAUACUGGCAGGCAGAAAAAAGGUACAGAAGCCCAGAGUUUUAUCUUCUGGUACUUUUGUUGUUUUGGCCUGAAGAGGAUGAACUGAAUCAAGGGACACCAAACCGGCCAAACCUUGCUGAGUCAGUAAAAUAUAUGCAUCAAGCCUUUGAGAGGACGUACAAAAAGCACCUGCGGUCACGGUACUUGGUGCCUCUCUUUUUCCUUGGGAAAGGUGAAAAUUUGCAGAGAUUGGUGCACAGAUCAAAAGUAGAACAACAUCUAAUGGAUGUUCUAACCAAAGGCGAUGAGAAAGCUGAAAUCCAGGACCUUCAUCGAGUCCAGGGGGAGGUUAGAGACCAUAGGGUCUUUGCUCUGAGAGGAGCUAACCAGAUUGAAGUAACCCCUCACCAUCCAGCCAGUGUGCGUGGUCAAGGCUUUGUUUCAUUCUAUCUUGGCUUUAAUAUUAAAGGCCCUGUAGCCUACAACAUCAGACCAUCACAUAGACAAUGUCGAACCUGUGUCAGUGUCAGGGAUUCAUCUGAAUGGGACCUGAUUGAACCCUCUGUGAUCUCAAAUGAUGCACAGAUGAAGUACAGAAUGGAUCUUGCAUCAGGGUGUUAUGAAUGCAGGAGGACUGGUCUUCGUAUUGAAUGCUCUCAUGAUGUUCAAAUAGAGUAUCUUAUUCGUGACUGGGAAUGUGUAAGUGAUAUUCCAGAAAUGGAGCAUUUUACACCAUGUGGCCCCUUGAUGGAUAUUGCCAUCAUCUCAGGAAAACUGACGGCAGUCUAUCUACCUCACUUCCUGUGUUUAGGUGGACCCCCCAUUAAAGAUGCAGCGAGAAUUCUUCAUGUUGAAGACAGUGGAAUUUCAUUUGAGAAAUGCAAGUUAACUCGAUUCCAUGCCAAGCUUCUGGACCACACCUUCUCCCCUAAAGGUGUUCUUGUGAGGCAGGGCCUCCCUGUGAAUUAUCACUGUGAAGCACUGAUCUAUCAAACUGUGAAAUCCCACCUGACACUUCAUGUGUACUUGAUUCCAAGUGAUAAAAAAAUGAUAGGGGCUGUUGAAGAAAAUGAGAUAGAUAGCAAGGCUAUCUCAAAGCCAGGGCCUGAAUGCUCACUUCUGAUGAAGACUUGGUUUUCACUGAAGACGCUGGAGAAAACAAAGAAAUCUGAGUGCAAUUCUGAAAUCAUACCUAUGCAGUUACAACUCAAGUACAAGCCCAUAAAACCAAAUUUCUUUGAAGUAUUCAUUGAUUCUCCAAAAGAGGACUUUUACCUUCAGCUGAUGUCGCAACAUCUCAAAAGAGGUGUAUGGGAUGUCAAAAUACGUCAAGCUGAUUAUAGUCAGAGUAUUUCUUCAAUGGAUGUACGCAGAGAAUCUUAUAGCUCAAAUGCUGUAGGCAACAGACCUGUGCGUGAGAUCCUCCUUGAGUAUCUGGAAAAUCUGGACUCAAGAGAACUGAACGAUUUUAAGUGGCAUUUGACUGAAGGUGUGGCAGCCUUCAAAAAACUCCCCAAAUGUAAACUGGAGAAAGCGGAAAGAUGUGAUAUUGUAAAAUGUAUGAUUGAUCAGUGUGAAGUGGAUGGUGCUGCUAAACUCACUGUGACCAUUUUGGGAAAAAUGCAAAAGAACAGUGAUGCAAAAGAACUGCAGGAGAAGCUUGAAGCCACAGUCUGAACAGCAACCAUGAUGAGCAAGAAUGGAUCGAUCAGUUACAAGACAAGCUAAGAUAAGCACAGCAAUUGAUUGUAUAAGAACUCUAUAAACUAAAUGACUUUAUAGAGGAACACUAUAUCUGUAUGUAAACAUUAUUUUCAUUAAUCUUAACCUUUUUUUCUAAUAAUUUACAUAGUUCAUUAAUGAAACAAUGUUUGUCACCUAAAAAUAUAAAUGCACGAUGCAGACUGAUUUAACUCAUGUUCUGUUACAAUUGGCUUUGUUGUCUUUCUGUUUGUGGCUUAAAGGCAGGGUAGGUGAUUAUUUUCCAGAAACAUUUUUUGUUAUGCUUGUUGAAAGUCUUCAUUAAGUAAAGUGGUCUAAAUUUAUUUAUAUAAAUAUUGUUGUGUAAUGUGCAUAAGAAUACAAUUAUGCUGUCUCAUUGUUUGACAUAUUUGGCUAAUGUAUUAUGUACAAAGGUUAUUUCCUGGAAAAGUCUUACAUAGGCAAUUAUGAAACUAUUACACAGGUACUGUAUUUGUAAUACAAUGAAUAUAACAUUCAUAUGAUGUCUUAAAGUCAUCACCCAGUAGUACUGUGAGUGUUAGGCUAGAGAGCACUGCAGAGUUAUAUGUAUGUGUAGAAGCAGCUGUACAGAGUUAAAUUCAAGGUCAAAGAGAAGGAAAAGACCACACUGUUUAUUAAGAACAUGUUUUAUUAGGAAUAGAGACAACACACUUUAUUGUUGUAACUGAUUUAUUAAGAAAGACACUACAACUGUUAUUGUAAUCGAUUUUUGUAGUUUAUUAAGAAAGAUGCUACAAGUGUUGUUUUAAGCAUUUAUUAAGAGCAUGCUGGUAGAGUAGAGAGAAAAAAACAUGUAUUAGAUAGAGCUUUGCUAAAGAAAGAGGCAAAAGGCUUUAUAUAGACAAGUCCUGAGAAAUUUCCUGGAGCUCAUGAAACCUCAAGACUUUGAAUUUGAUAAAAUGUCUGUAAGAGUCUGAUAAGUUAUGAGGGGAAUUCCAAAGAAGAUGACCUCAAGAGGUCAGAUUGUCCAUAAAAAGGCUUAAAUGUGAAGACCUCCUGAAGAGCUUCUUCGGCACCAGAACCAUUGCUGAUAUUGCCUCGAGUAAAUAACUUUUUGAUAUUUUUACUUCAUUUAAUACUUGUACAGAUUACUUGUACUGCUAGAAAUACUGAUUGUAAUAAAUAAAUGAACUUAUAGUUUUAUAACCAGUGUUGGGAGUAACGCAUUACAAAAGUAAUUAUAUUACAGUAAUGUAUUACUUUUUGCUGUAAUAGUACUAAUAUAACACAUUAUUAAUAA